AUGACACAGGAAUACACAAUUGACAUCUACUUACGUCAAAGAUGGCAUGACCCCAGGCUGGCUUUUGACCUUUGUGACGAAUACAUCAAUCUGACAAGCGAUUGGCUGGAUAUCAUUUGGGUUCCAGAUAUGUUUUUCUUGAACAGCAAAUCUGCCAUGUUUCAUGACAUAACCCUGCGAAACGUAGGCCUACAUAUUUCCCCGAACGGAUCCGUAUUCUUCACCCAAAGAUUAGGUAUAACUCUUGGAUGUGUCAUGGAACUGUUGAAGUUUCCACUGGAUGUCCAAAAGUGCGACACGCAAAUAAUGAGCUACACCCAUAAAGCGGACGAGCUUACGAUAUUGUGGUUCGAAGAACACGAACCGGUCCAGAUCGAUCCGCAUGUCCGGCUUCCGCAGACGAAGAUACGGACCACACAACAUGGCGACUGCUGGAGAAUGUACGAGGGAAAAAACUACUCAUGCAUUUACGUCGAGUUCGAGCUUCAACGGCUGAACGGAUUUUACGUCAUACAAAUUUACGUUCCUGGGGUUCUGAUCGUCAUGCUUUCAUGGGUGAGCUUCUGGCUGGAUCCACGCGCAACGCCAGCGCGCGUGUCACUAGGGUUACUCUGUGUGCUCACCACCACAACGCACACUACGGGGGUCAACUCUAGUUUACCAAGGGUCUCCUAUAUCAAAGCUAUGGAUGUUUGGAACUUCACGUGUCUUCUCUUUGUGUUUGGGGCUCUCCUAGAAUUCGCUUUAAUCAACGUGAAAACCAGAAAAGAAGAGGCCACUGCGAAGGAGAUGUUGCAGAGAAAAUCUAGAACUACUAGUAAAAAACAAGCCAACAAAACCAAUCGAUGGGAAAUGUCUUGUGUGCCUUUUGCCCCAGCAGCAAAAUCCGAAGAGGAGAAGGUCAACGGGGUCGAGGUCAAACAGGACGAUGUCAAAGGAGCCAUGUACUGGACAGCGGAACGACUAGACAAGACAUGCCUGCUAGAGUGCCUUCGGGACCUUCGUGGCCGAGGUGAUUAA